UGCGAAGGCUAUGGUCACUGCAAGUCAGAUCACUAUAGCUGAGUGCCACGGCACCGGAACUGCCCUUGGAGAUCCUAUUGAAGUUGGGGCGCUUCGGGGUGUCAUGGAGCCGAGAGACACGCCAUUGCUGACAACGAGCGCCAAGAGUAACAUCGGGCACACGGAGGCAUGCGCGGGGAUGAUCGGGCUGAUCAAGUGCGUGAGCAUGGUGGCCAACUCCCAGGCCCAUCCCAAUUGCCAUUUGCACAUGCUGAACCCGCACCUGGAUGUAGAUGGCUUCCCCAGCAACUUCGACACCGAGGUGGUGGAUACUCGCCUCAACAGCAACUACGCUGGAGUGUCAUCCUUCGGCUUCAGCGGUACCAAUGCUCGGGCAGAUGUGUGGAGCCAAUGCAAGUCUGGUCCGCGCAAGGCGAACACCAAGCCGGACAUCUCAAAGGCAGACCAAGUACACAUGCGCUGUCCGGUUACCCUUGGCCCGAUCGAAGCCACCACUGGCGAGCCGGUGACACAGUCCUUCAAAAAGAGGAAGGCAUACAAGGCGGAUGUGCUACGCGAUGAAUGGGCUUCCUAUGACAUCUCUGCGCAAGCUUAUACAGGAGGUUACAGAUAUCGCAGACGGCCUCUUCAGGACAGUUUGGACGAUUUGGAGGAUGUUGACAUCUACAUUUGUGGCUCAUGGAGUGGAUGGACCCAGAUGGAACCGAUGCAAAGCCGCGGAGCCGGCCGCUAUGUGGCGCCCGUGAUUCUCGGUGAUGCUUGCUAUGAAAUGUUCCGCCUUUGCUUGAAUCUGGAUAGAUCCAUGGAGAUAUAUCCUAUCAUCAAGGAUGCGUCCAGCCAGAUCUGGAUUGAGGGCCCAGACAGCAAGUGCGAGGAGCGGUAUUGGAUCAUAGAUGGCCGGCACUCUGCAGCAGCCUCUGGUACCCUGUACGAGGUGGAGUUCCAGUGGCAUCCGGACCUCAAGGCCAUCUCCUGGCAGGAGAUGGGUGCGAGCCUGGAUCUGGGCUGGUCGCCGCCGGCCUAUGAGCACAGCUACAUGCUGCUGGGCAGCUUCACGGCGGGCCACAUGCAGCCGAUGAAUCACGUGGAGGGCGUGUGGCGCAGCAAUUUCCGGCUGGGGGUCACUGGGGAAGAGGAGUUCCAGAUCUCCCGGGACGGAGACCUCAACCAGCUCAUCUACCCAGCCCAGUCUGGGGCGGUGAAAACGACCGUGCCGGCGCGAGGUCCAGACAGCCUGGGCCGUGAGAAGUUCUGGAUGAUCCGGGGCAUGCCGGGCGAGAAGAUCGAGGUCCUCCUGGAAGUGGUGGAGGGCCACGUCAGGGUGACGGUUUCCUCAGAGGUCCGGGGUGACAAGACCUGGGACUCGGAAGACGGGUGGGAGCGGCACAGUUACUACGCCUAUGCCUCCUGGAGCGGCUGGGUGCCGGUUCCCAUGGUCAUGGAUCCUUCAGAGCCUGGGGUGUUCAGAGCUUAUGGAAAAGUGCAGGCAAGCUUUGCACCGCAGUAUGGCUGCCACGUGGAGCGCUUUUUCCUCAUUAUGGAUGAGGAUAUGAACCAGGCCCUCUACCCGCAGCUAAACUGUUCCGAGCCCUUCCAGUAUGUCAUGGAAGGGCCCAGUGGCAAUCCAUCUUCCCUGUGCUGGCACAUCCAAAGUAGAGUGCCCGAUGCAAGGUUCGAAGUCAUCCUUGACCUCACUGCAGAGGAUUAUCGCCACAGGGUGUCGUGGGUGGGAGAGGCCAUUGGCCGAGCGGAAGCUCUGCCCCUGGCUUCCUGAUUCUCGCGCAACUUGACUGGCUUGUCAACUGAAGAGGGUAGACGGACCCGCAGCCCGAGAAUGCCAGACAUAGCAUAUGCCCGCUAAUAA